CCUCGGUGUCCCUCGAUUUCUCAAUUCGUCCUCAUAUUCUGUUAGUCCAUUCGUACAAGUCUCCGGCGUUUUGUGACUAUUGUGGAGAGAUGUUGUUUGGUUUGGUGAGACAAGGCUUAAAAUGCCAAGGAUGUGGCCUUAAUUAUCACAAGAGAUGUGCCUUUAAGAUCCCAAAUAACUGCCGGGGGGUAAAGAGCCGUCACCUUUCCAGUCGCUCUUUCACAGGACCAAGUUCAUUUCAAAAAAGUAAAACACCAACCUUACCCACAGGGGGCAGCCUUGAAGACUUGGGGUUAAACAAUACAGAGGUCAUAGGCACUGCACAGGGGGAGAAAUUUAAAAAGAUUCGCAUUCCAUCCAUCGCCGGACGACCAAUCUGGAAAGACUGGGAGGAGCAAAACAGGGUAAAGGUUCCCCACACCUUCCAAGUCCAUUCCUACACCCGGCCCACCAUUUGUCAGCAUUGCAAGGGUCUACUGAAGGGUCUUUUCAGGCAAGGAAUGCAAUGCAAAGAUUGUCGGUUUAACUGCCACCGGCGCUGUGUGACUUUUGUGCCAGAUGAUUGUUUAGGGGAGACAUCGAGCACUGAUGGAGAAG